UUUCUUUCCAUUCCCUUUCCCUUCCACUUCCAUGGCAGUCUAGAGAGAGAACGAGAAAUACAGAGAGAGAAUGACGGACUUGGAAUGGAGCGAAGCAAGGAAGAGGAUGAUCGAAGAUCAGGCAAAGGCGGAACUAGAAUCUCUCCAACUUCUUCAUCCUAAUCGCUUCGAAUACCUAAAGCUCGAACUCAAAUCCUUCAUCCAACUUCUUCAAUCGCAAUCGCAAUCGCAAUCGGAAGAGCUUUUUCAUCAGCCGAACACUGUCGAAGCCUCGAGACGACGAUCGCCUUCCUCUCUCGCUCCUGAUUCGCAAGAGUCGAGUAGCUGUAGGAAGAGGAGGAAGACGGAGGAAGGAGGACAAAUGAAAGUGUACGGGAACGGAUUACGGAGAGAGAUCGCUGAAUCGGAAACGGGAGACAAGAACGGGCGGCGGAGGGAUAGAGUUGAUGUGGUUCUGGAAAGAGCCGUUGUUUGUCUCCGGAAGAUUCAACGCUUCAAAACGGCUCUGAUUUCCACCGCCGAUUGACGACGGCGCUCCAUUUCCUUGCCGCCUCGAAGGUGCCGCUCCACUUUCUCUCUGUUUCGCUCUUUCGCGUUUCCUGCCAUGAGUUGCCGCACGUGUGCAAAAUUUUUGAAACUAGGCGGGGAUAAAAUUUACAAUUUUCUGAGGGCGUGUGUGAAAUUAUUCUCAUCCUUAAGGUCAAAUUUGCAAUAAAAA